AUGGCCGACGACGACCUCUACAACCUCGAAUUCCUCUCCCUCGUCGCCAAAAUCACUCAGGAGAUAGACAACUACACUGGUAUCACAGACAAGACCCUUGCCGAGUUCGUCAUCUCUCUUCAUGACCAGUCCAAGACCCUCCCAGAAUUCAAGAACAAGCUGCAGGAGGUCGGCGCCAGCUUCCCAGAUUCCUUCGUAGAAAAUAAGAAGUCUAAGGCUUCGAAGAAUGCCACCGGGGACGCUCCGACACCCGACGAGAUGGACAAGCGCAAACGCAUGUUCCCCGGCCUCUCGAUGAGGGACCAGGAGUGGGAGCCGUUGGCCCCGAAGGAUGCGAUCAUGCAGGAGGUCGAUGAUAUGAUGUCCCAGCUAGAAGGCGCGGCGAAGCGUGCAAGACCUCGACCCCCGAGCCCGCAUCGUGGUGGAAGAGGGUAUGAUGACCGCCGGGAAGACAGGAGGGGAAGAGGAGGAGGUCAGCAGGUGGAUGAACGCCCAAUUCUCUACAAGAUUUACAGCGGACGUGUCAACGGGAUGAAGGAGUUUGGGGCAUUUGUGCAGCUCGAGGGCGUCGCUGGGAGAGUGGAAGGCGCGCGCGCAAACUCCGCCGCUGACUUGUUGACUCGCGGCCAGUCCGUCAAAGUCAAACCUUUCAUGAAGGACGCCGAUCAGGCCAGUGGACGCGACCUCACUCCCCAUCUGCGCAUCAAGUCUGAAGCGGAGCUUGCGGAAGAAGAACAACGACGGGCAGCCAAUGGUGCCAAUGCUAUCCCUCUCAACUCGAAGGGCAUGAAAGAAGAUAUUGUCACGAGGUCGGCGAAGCGACUUUCUUCUCCGGAGCGGUGGGAGAUCAAGCAGCUCAUAUCGUCUGGUGCUCUCGACGCGUCAGAGUAUCCGGACCUCGACGAAGAUUUCUCCAACCCUCUGCUCGCGCCGAAGUGGAAGAAGAGUUGGAUCUGCACUCGCUGGCGCUUCCCUGGCGAAGGAGCGACGAGAGCUGCGGACACAGGAGGCCAACGAAGAGGCCGACUCGGAAGCUCGCGAUUUCAGCGCACCUUGGUUGACCCCAUGGCGAAGGACGCUGAUCGACAGAAGGCUGGGGAGCAACCGAAGUGGAAGGAUGCGACAUUCAACAAGGCUACAACCUUCGGUGAGAUCACUUCGCUCAGCAUCCAAGACCAGCGCAAGAGUCUCCCCAUCUACAAGCUUCGUGACGCCUUGCUGCAAGCCGUUCGUGAGCAUCAAAUCCUCAUUGUCGUCGGGGACACGGGAUCAGGCAAAACUACGCAAAUGACACAAUACCUGGCGGAAGACGGUUUCGCGGAUAAGGGUAAAAUUGGUUGCACUCAACCACGACGUGUCGCUGCCAUGUCCGUUGCGAAGCGUGUGGCCGAAGAAGUCGGUUGCCGGCUUGGUCAGGAAGUCGGGUAUACCAUCCGUUUCGAGGAUUGCACCAGUCCCGAGACACGCAUCAAGUACAUGACGGACGGUAUGCUCCAACGCGAGUGUCUCGUCGACCCAGACGUCAGCCAGUACUCGGUCGUCAUGCUUGAUGAGGCGCACGAGCGGACCAUUGCCACCGAUGUCUUGUUUGGCCUGUUGAAGAAGGCCAUCAAACGCCGUCCUGACCUCAAACUUAUUGUCACCUCAGCCACACUUGAUGCCGAGAAGUUCUCGAAGUACUUCUACGGCUGCCCUAUCUUCACUAUCCCUGGACGGACCUAUCCUGUGGAGGUGCUCUACACGAAAGAACCGGAGACCGACUACUUGGAUGCGUCACUCAUCACGGUCAUGCAAAUCCACCUUUCCGAGCCCCCCGGCGACGUCUUGCUCUUCCUUACUGGCCAAGAAGAGAUCGACACGUCUUGUGAGAUUCUCUAUGAGCGGAUGAAGGCCCUAGGUCCCAAGGUACCUGAGCUCAUCAUCCUGCCCAUCUACUCCGCCCUUCCAUCAGAAGUCCAAUCUCGCGUCUUCGAGCCCACGCCGCCUGGAGCACGCAAGGUUGUCGUCGCCACCAACGUUGCUGAGACCAGUCUAACUAUCCCUGGUAUCUACUACGUCAUCGACCCUGGCUUUUCCAAGCAGAACGCCUACGACCCGCGUCUCGGUAUGGACUCGCUCGUCGUAAUGCCCAUCUCGCAGGCGCAGGCGCGUCAGAGGGCCGGGCGAGCAGGGCGUACGGGGCCUGGAAAGUGCUACCGCCUCUACACGGAGGCCGCCUUCCGGAACGAGAUGUUGCCCAAUUCUAUCCCCGAUAUCCAGAGGACAAACCUGACACACACCAUCCUUGUACUCAAGGCGAUGGGAAUCAACGACCUCCUGAGCUUCGACUUCAUGGAUCCCCCGCCGGCACCGACGAUGAUCACCGCUCUCGAGUCGCUUUAUGCGCUCUCCGCUCUCGACGACGAGGGCCUCCUAACUCGUCUGGGGCGCAAGAUGGCCGACUUCCCCAUGGAACCGCCGCUCGCCAAGAUGCUGAUUGCGUCGGUCGAGCUUGGCUGCUCUGAGGAGAUCCUGUCCGUCGUGGCGAUGUUGUCGGUACAGAGCGUGUUCUACCGGCCGAAGGAGAAACAGGGCCAAGCCGACUCCAAAAAGGCGAAGUUCCAUCAACCUGAGGGCGACCACCUCACCCUCCUGACAGUCUACAACGGAUGGAAGGCUAGCAACUUCUCCAACCCGUGGUGCUAUGAGAACUUCAUUCAAGCGAGAAGUAUGCGUCGCGCCCAAGAUGUUCGGAAGCAGUUAUUAGGUAUCAUGGACAGAUAUAAGCACGACAUUCUUUCCGCGGGUAAGGACUACAAUCGUGUCCGCCGCGCGAUCUGCUCUGGUUACUUCCGUAACGCGGCGAAGAAGGACCCACAGGAGGGCUACAAAACCCUCGUCGAGGGCACGCCCGUCUACAUCCACCCUUCCUCCGCGCUCUUCAACCGGAACCCGGAGUGGUGCAUCUACCACGAGCUCAUCCUCACCACGCGCGAGUACUGCCACAAUGUGACCGUGAUCGAGCCCAAGUGGCUCGUGGAGGUCGCACCGCAGUUCUUCAAGGUCGCGGAUGCAAACAAGAUCUCGAAGCGCAAGCGCCAGGAGAAGAUCGAGCCGCUGUUCAACAAGUACGAGAAACCGGACGAGUGGCGAUUGUCGAAGGUCAAGCGGAGUGCGCGUUCGAGUCAAACGUUCGGUUAG